GAUAUCGGGUAUAAGAGUGGCAAAGGGACGAGUGGAUCGGCCGGAGGGGGUGUGAUGCAGCACGCAAUGGGUAAUCCGGGAGUGGUGCUCGGCAUGGGACUGACUGCGUUGGCAUUGCUGGGCAUGAUGAGGUCGUCGUUCCUCGGCGAUAAGCUCCAAGCGCAGAAAUAUAUGCGGUCGGGGUAUUUUCGAGGUGCGUUUGAGACGGUACCUUAG